AUGAUAAAUAUUUAUAAACCAAUUCGAAAAACCCACCCUAUUUUAAAAAUUAUUAAUAAUUCAUUAAUUGAUCUACCAUCACCAUCUAAUAUUUCUAUUUGAUGAAAUUUUGGAUCUUUAUUAGCUCUAUGUUUAGCAAUUCAAAUUUUAACAGGACUAUUUUUAACAAUAUAUUAUACAGCUAAUAUUGAAUUAGCUUUUUAUAGAGUAAAUUAUAUUUGUCGAAAUGUUAAUUAUGGAUGAUUAAUUCGAACUUUACAUGCUAAUGGAGCUUCAUUUUUUUUCAUUUGCAUUUAUUUACAUAUUGGUCGAGGUAUUUAUUAUGAAUCAUUUAAUUUAAAAUAUACAUGAAUAGUAGGAAUUAUUAUUUUAUUUUUACUAAUAGCAACAGCCUUUAUAGGAUAUGUUUUACCUUGGGGACAAAUAUCAUUUUGAGGAGCAACUGUUAUUACUAAUCUUUUAUCAGCUAUUCCAUAUUUAGGUACUAUAUUAGUAAAUUGAAUUUGAGGAGGAUUUGCAAUUGAUAAUGCAACUUUAACACGAUUUUAUACUUUUCAUUUUAUUUUACCAUUUAUUAUUGCUAUAAUAACUAUAAUUCAUUUAUUAUUUCUUCAUCAAACAGGAUCUAAUAAUCCUUUAGGAAUUAACAGAAAUCUAGAUAAAAUCCCUUUUCAUCCAUUUUUUUCAUUCAAAGAUCUUUUAGGAGUUAUUAUUUUAUUAUUUUUCUUAAUUAUAUUAACCUUAACAAAUCCUUAUCUUUUAGGUGAUCCAGAUAAUUUUAUCCCAGCAAAUCCUUUAGUUACUCCAGUUCAUAUUCAACCAGAGUGAUAUUUUUUAUUUGCAUAUGCUAUUUUACGAUCAAUUCCUAAUAAACUAGGAGGAGUAAUUGCUUUAAUAAUAUCUAUUUUAAUUUUAAUUAUUUUACCUUUAACUUUCAAUAAAAAAAUCCAAGGUAUCCAAUUUUAUCCUAUUAAUCAAAUUAUAUUUUGAAUUAUAAUUACAACAAUUAUUUUAUUAACUUGAAUUGGAGCACGACCAGUUGAAGAUCCAUAUGUUAUAACAGGUCAAAUUUUAACAUUAAUCUAUUUCUCUUAUUAUAUUAUUAAUCCAUUAAUUAGUAAAUAUUGAGAUAAAUUAAUUUUUAAUUAA